GGCAUCACCUCCACACCCCGUCGAGCUCAGACCGUGCCUUGUUCGUCAUGGGAUCUGCCAAUGACCAAGUCACUCCACAUAAAAAGGUCCGCUUGGCCUGCAAACGCUGCAGAACCAAGCGUAUCAAGUGCGAUGGAGGCAUUCCUGCCUGCUCCAAUUGCGCGAAGGCUGCCGUACCCUGCAUUGAUGUGGAUGGCCGCAAUAACGACCGGUCAAUCCCCCGUGACUAUGCUUCCCGCUGUCAUGCUCGCAUCCGGUGGUUAGAGCAGCAAAUCAAGAUCCUUGACGCUGAUUUUGACCUAACACAGGGUCCGCAGUUGGACUCUCUCGCAGCCGAUAGUAGUGUCUCUUGGCCCGCGUUGGAAUCACUUCCAGUAGAUACGCCAGUGCAGACUCUCGAACCAACAUUAUCUAGAAAACGGCCUCAUGCUGCCAUUCGGGCUUCCGGUUCGGAACCGCCUGACCCAGCGCCGGCUGCUGAGGCUCGCUCGGUUGCAGUCGAUUUGGGCAUGCUCUCACUUCACUCAGACUCUCGUCAGAAGCAUUACUUAGGCUCCUCGUCGGGGCUCUUCUUUACCAAUUUGAUCGGAGCCCACGCGGAUGCCCUUGCAAGUCCAGCAUCGACGUCAACAGGCCCAGUCCAGACUCAUCGUGAGCGCUCUGAUAGCUCUGUCGACACCUACCGAGCGCUCUGUAGGAAACUGUCAGCAGAGCUUCCUUCAGCUGAUGACGCGACAGUAUUGUUUGAUAUUUACCUGCACGAGGUCCAUGUCGACCAUCCUUUCCUCCACCUGGCAUCAGUAAUUGAAGCUUAUAAAGCUCUUCGUGCCUGCGUGGAGCAGGGACUGGAUGGCACUCACAUUGUCGAUGCGCAUGGCUGGCCAGACGGGCUAUCCCCAUUUCCCUACAACGGGCGCUAUGCCCGAGUUGCAGAUAAGGAUGUGACCCCAGUUGGCUUUUCUACUGCUGUGUUGCACGUAUUUAUGGUUUUCUCCAUCUCUGCUACCAUUCUCACACGCAGUAAGAAUUUCGACUUUUCCCCGACGCGGUUCUAUAAGGUUGCAGCAAGUGCUGCACCUGAGUGUUUGUCAAAUAUAUCUGUCCCUGCCUUACAGAGUAUCCUUCUAUUUACGAUUCUUGGAAUGAUUACCCCUACCAAUCUGAACAUUUGGACGUUGGUACAUGUCGCCAUGUCUCAUUGCAUUGACCUCGGCUUACAUCGGGAGCCGCGGUAUCCUUCCGAUUUCUCGCCGAUUUCCCUAUCGAUGCGGCGGUUCGUAUUCUAUACCGUUUAUAACCUUGACCGGUCGAUCGCAACCAUCCAAGGGCGUCCACUCGGUAUCCGCGACGAGACAUUCGAUCUGCGAAUGCCAACCCUUGCCGAUAUUCCCAUGGAGCCGGGGAUGCGGGUGGACGGGCUGAAUGGGCAGUACGUACGGUUCUCAGACGAUAUGGCAUUAUCCAUCCACCGCUUCAAGCUCGAUCGCCAUAUUUCUGAAAUAAAAAUUCUAUUUUAUCAUCUGCCGACCGAAGGGGGAGUCUUCCACUGGCCAGCUGACCAUUCCGCAGACCAGGCACGCAUCAAAGCUUCUCUGGAUGGGUGGCUCGCCGAGGUCAAACAGAUUGGAGUAGUUGCAGAUGCACAUCAGAAAGAUGCAGCCGAGUCAGCAAAACUUCGCCUCAAGAGGCUUAAACUGGAAGUCCUCUAUCAUGCAGCCGUUACACUCUUAUAUCAACCAUCCCAGGCAUGUCCGUCUCCGACACAGUCUGCUCUUCUCCAGUGCUAUCGGUCCUCUAGUGAGCGCAUCCACAUAUACAAUCACCUGAAUAACGAAGAAAGGCUUUACUACAACUGGCGAAAUAUUCACGGUAUUUUCUCGUCUGGAGCAACCAUUAUAUACUGCCUCUGGGCUUCGCCUGAAUUACAGCUGAUCAUCCCUUUUGCGGACGCACUGCGCGACCUUCGAGUGUGUUCGAAUCUUCUUAGUAUUGGAGGGCAGUGGUGGACUUCGGUGCGCAAUGGGAGAGACAAUUUUGACAGGAUAGUUGACCUGACCAUCAAGCGACUGAGUCGCUUACGCGGUGAUAGCUCGUCGUCCGAAUCUCAGCAACAGCGUUUGAAAAGUCAAAGGACUACGGGAGUGAACUCAAUAGAUCCUCUCCUUAACGACGAGCCUGGAUGGGACUCUAAUGGCACGCUAUGCAGGGCCGAUGACCCUAGACAACUAGCAGAUCCCAUUUCGCCCGCACACUCAUUCCCCUGGGACCAACGGUAUCCUGACGAGAUCGCAACAACACCGGUAGAUUCAAUGAUGGAGACCUUUCUUGCAGAAUAUCUUCAUGGAGAUUGGGGCUGGGACCCAUUUUCCGCCUUCAUAGACACGCCUGUACUUUGA